CGUGCCGUGUAACAAACGAGCCGCCCGCCCGCCCGCCCGCCCGCCCGCCGUGGAGCCCGCGGCCCACUGUUUUCAGCGGCAGCGCAACUGACGUCGGCACUCUAACGUACCUACAAUCCCACCGCCCGCAACAGCCUGCCAUCACCAACACAUCGCCAGCGUCACCCGCGGCCGUCAUCAUGUCGGCGUCACUGGCCCCAGAGUGCAACGAGGUCAAGGAGCGCUACGAUACGUGCUUCUUGAAGUGGUACAGCGAGAAGUACCUCCGCGGCGCCGAAAAGGACAACAAGGAGUGCGCCGGCCUGUUCAAGGACUACCAAAAGUGCCUCGCUGUUGCGCUCAAGGACAGGGGCAUCGACAAGCUCCUCGACGAGGCCCGCGAGGACAACAAGGAAAACGACGCGAGGCUCACGACGCCGAAAAAGUAAAUGGGUUGAGCGGUUGCGGUUCAUGGUUCGGCGUUGGGGACACGAUAUAUACUGUACGCUGUAGAUCGCCACUUGCAGCAUUGCCUGAAUAUACCUUGCAUAGGAACUGCG